UCGCAAUGCAACAAUCAGCUUCCGGCCCAAUCGAUUCCCAGCAAGGGGCGAAACGGAGGGAGGGUGGAGAGAGACAGCAGGCAUGCCAAGCGGAUCCCCGCGUGCUCUCAAUUUUCAAACACCCUGCAGGCCGGAGGGCUGCACCUGCGUCACCGCGUCUAGCGGAGCGGGACAUCUCGCCCGCCACAGCCGCUACAUCGUCCCCUACUAACGGCGGCGCGACACCCUUCAGUUUUAGACCGAAACCAAUGGCCUCCGGCGGCGCACCGCCGACCGUUGCCGUCGCUGUGCGCCCCGGCGGCAGCGGCAGCCGCCUCGCCGCGCGGUGGGUGGCCGCGGGACUCCCGGGCAACGGGCGCGCCACCGCGAUCACUGUCGUCCACGUCAUCCCCGAGCUCUCCUACGAGCCUUCUCCGACGGGGGAGCGGGUGCCGAUGCCGCUGGUGGGAAGGGAGCCGGCGGAGGCGUACGCGUGGGACCGGCGCGCACGCGCGGAGGAGGCGCUGCUCCCGUUCCGCCGCCUCUACUGCUGUGGCCUCGCGAACGUCACCGUGGAGACGGUAGUGGUUGAAGGCGACGGUGUCGCGGAGGCGCUGCUGCGGUACAUACGGGAGUCCGGCGUACGGAGCCUGGUGCUCGGCUCGGCGUCCUUCCGCUGGUUUCGGAGGGCGCUGAGCAUCCCAGAUGUCCCCGGUACUGUCAUUCAAGCUACGCAAAAUUCAUGCAAUGUAUUUGUUGUGUCCAAACGGAGACUAAUUAUGAAACUCGCAAGAUAUCCUCAAACGAGUGAGUCUAACAGAAACUUGAGGAUCGAGUCCAUUAGUCAUGAAACAUUUGCACUAUCACACAGGAGUUUACUGUUUGACAACUUUGGUGACGAUGAAGCACAAUCAGAUUCAUUCUCCCAGUCCCACAGCUCACAUAGUGCUUCCAAUGUUGUUUCAAGUUCAGAAAGUUCUGAACAAGUUGCUUCAGGAAGUUCAGGAGUAAAUUAUGCAGCAACCGAAGGAAGUAAGAACUACGAUUCUCUUAGCUCCUGGGGGGAAGAUCCUUGGGUUGCCUCAAACUCCAGCGAAGAGUGCCAAUCUACGGAUGAUGUGUCCAAACUAAGGAAGGAGCUGCAGGAAACCUUAGUAGUCUAUGAUAAAGCUUGUGCAAACCUUGUUAGUGUUAAGAAAAAGAUUCAGGUACUUUCUAUCGAGUGUUCUGAAGAGGCUAGGAAGGUGGAGCACGCGCUAGAGUGGGAGGAAGCUUUGAAGCAGACGGUGUCUGAUGAGAAGGCGAAACAGCUCGAGGUCAUCAGUGAAGUCGAGCAAGCAGGAAAAUCAUUCACCCGAGAGGCUUAUUCAAGGUACAAGACAGAAAUGGCUGCCAGCAUGAUCUGUCAGGAUAAGGUGCAGAUUGUUGAUGCGAUUUUGACAAAGAGCAGAAGUUGCAGGCGGUAUUCGAAGAGAGAUAUAGAGCUUGCCACUGACAACUUCUCUGAAGAAAGGAAGAUCGGUGAGGGUGGUUAUGGCAAUGUGUACAGGUGCACCCUCGACCACACUGAAGUAGCUGUGAAGGUCAUUCAGGAAAACUCCAUUGACAAAACUGAUGAGUUCCUGAAGGAGGUUGAGAUUCUUAGCCAGCUUCGCCAUCCCAACCUGGUUUUGUUGCUUGGUUUCUGUCCCGAAAUUGGCUGCCUGGUGUACGAAUACCUGAAGAACGGGAGCCUAGAAGACCAGCUCUUCAACAGCGAAGGGUGCCAACCACUGCACUGGUUCCUCCGGUUCCAGGUCGUCUUCGAGGUGUCCUGCGGACUCGCAUUCCUGCACGCGAGAAGCCCAGAGCCUGUCGUCCACCGCGACCUGAAACCGGCCAACAUCUUGCUGGACAGGAACUACGUGGGCAAGGUCGGCGACGUCGGUUUCGCGAAGUUCGUCUCUGAUCUCGUGCCCGACUGGCAGACCGAGUACAAGGACACGAUCGUCGCCGGCACGCUGUACUACACGGACCCCGAGUACCAGCAGACCGGCACCGUGCGUCCCAAGUCCGACGUGUUCGCGCUGGGAGUCGUCAUCCUGCAGCUCCUGACCGGCAGACGCCCGGACGGGCUCGUUGCGAGCGCAGAGAACGCUGUGAGAAACGGCAGGCUCGCUGAUAUCCUCGACUGGUCUCAGGCUGGUUGGCCGCUUGCCGAGGCAGAGGUGUUUGCCAGGCUCGGGUUGAGAUGCGCGGCCUUGAGGUGCAGGGACAGGCCUGACCUUGAGUCGGAGGUGCUGCCGGAGCUCGACGAGAUCCUGCACAGGAUUACUUUUGCUGUCAGUUUGAGAAGCCCCAAACUGACGAGCGUACCAAGCCACUUCGUCUGCCCUAUAACACAGGAGCUGAUGGAGGAUCCUCACGUCGCCGCAGACGGCCACACCUACGAGCAUUACGCGAUCAGAGCUUGGCUCAAGCGGCACAGGACAUCGCCUGUUACGAGGAGUAAGCUGCAGAAUUCGUCCGUAAUCCCGAACCACUCAUUGCGCGGCGCGAUACAGCAGUGGAAGUCACAGUUACCGGCUCAGACGAACGAGUGAAACGGGAGUCAGGGUGCCCUCUCUUCUUGAUUCAACUGUUAAUGGUGGCGAAAUUAUUUUGGAGAGCACGCAAAAGGCCUUUGCGUUUCGGUUUUUGUAAGUGGUUCAAAGCUGUAAAUGAAAAAGGAGGCAGCUGUAAAUUGAAGCGCAGAAUCACGAAGGUCGAUUUUGUAACUGGAGUGCUAGGUUCUGUUGCCAUAGUAUUGGUCAUCAGUUUUGGAACAGAGCAAGCUUAAAAGUUUUUUUUUUGCU